UAGGUCUAUCAAUGGCCUACGACAAUUAGAUUUAUGUGAUAGGUCUAUCAAUGGACUACCGCAGCUAGAUUUAUGUGAUUGGUCUAUCAAUGGACUACCGCAGCUAGAUUUAUGUGAUGGGUCUAUCAAUGGACUACUGCAGCUAGAUUUAUGUGAUUGGUCUAUCAAUGGACUACCGCAGCUAGAUUUAUGUGAUGGGUCUAUCAAUGGACUACCGCAGCUAGAUUUAUGUGAUGGGUCUAUAAUGGACUACUGCAGCUAGAUUUAUGUGAUAGGCCUAUCAAUGAACUACCGCAGCUAGAUUUAUGUGAUAGGUCUAUCAAUGGACUAUCGCAGCUAGAUUUGUGUGAUAGAUCUAUCAAUGGACUACCACAGCUAGAUUUGUGUGAUGGGUCUAUCAAUGGACUACCACAGCUAGACCUAGCUGUCUGUGUUGAAAUGAUAAGGAUGGAGAAAAGUACCAAUAAUCCGGGCAACUGUACGGGCACCUGUAAUAAUAUCUCUAUUGAAACCGGUUUAUAUUUUCAGAUGGAGAACAGUACCAAUAAUCCGGGCAACUGUACGGGCACCUGCAAUAAUACCUCUAUUGAAACAGGCUUAUUACAGAGAUUAAACGAUGCUAAAGCUGUACAUUUUAUACCAGUGAUGUUAUGGGUGACUCUGUUGAUGGUGAUCGGGGUUUUAGGCAACUCACUCGUGGUGUACGUAUAUAGACGUCGAUUUAAACAAACCUCGUCCAAUUAUUUUAUAUUAACGAUGGCCAUAUUUGAUCUGGUUGCCUGUGUGGUUGGCAUGCCAACAGAAAUUUAUGAUUUACGAUAUCCUUACACGUUUUACAGUUCCGUUGGAUGUAAGGUGUUCAGGUUUACGGAAACGUUUACGAUCUACGGUUCGGCCAUUGUGCUUGUCGAGAUCGCAUUUGAUCGAUAUUUUAAGAUUUGUAAACCCCUUAUGGUGAUCAGUUUGUUCAAAAUUAAGAUGUUGUGUUUCAUGGCAACGGUGCUCGCGCUUAUGUUCUCUACACCGACCGCCCUUCUAUUUGGCAUCACCAAUCCACAGACCCCGAUACAAGGAGUCCGUGGUUAUGAUUGUUCUAUCGAGGAGAAGUACCGGAAGUCGACGUUUCAGAAGUUGUAUUAUGGGACUUUGUCCGUAGUUUUCGUGGCGACACUACUCGUUCUUACUAUUCUCUACGUCAGAAUAUGGGUGGAGAUUAAACAGCGUCGCAGCAUGGUUAUAGGAGAUCAGAUAACUCGAUCACCGGGAACGGCGCAAGGAAAGAAAAAGAUUCGGAUCAAAUAUCUCGCGGCCAGUGGCAGCAAUGAAGAUGGCGAGGAUGAUUCUUCCGGAACGGGAACCGGAAAUGGAGAGUGUGGGGGGCAGAAAAGGACGCGAUUUGGAAGUCUGGCGAACUACGCUUCUAGAAUUCGUAUCACGAGGACAACGGUUGUGUUAUUCGCUGUAACUGUGGCGUUCGUCAUCAGUUAUCUCCCUGCUAUAGCCAUUAUGAUGACUAGAUCGUUAUUGAAAGACCUAGAACACACAAGAAGUAUAGAAGUUGAGGUCACCAGUAAAUUUUUCUCCAAUUUUUUCUUCAUUAAUAACGCCAUUAAUCCAAUUAUAUACAGUUUCUUGAAUCUGAACUUCCGGCGACAGGCCAAAAAGGCCGUGAAAACGGUGUUCUGUUGUGAGAAAAGUCCGUCACCUACAUCGUGUGAUUUAGAUAGAAGUACAAAACGUGAAAUAUUGUUGAUAGUGAGGAAGGGAAAUGGGGUUUAACGUCCACUCGACACAAACCAGGUCAUUUCGGGACUAACAUAUGAUUCAGUUUUAUUUCAAUAAUUCGCUUGCGCGUAGAGUUCUUUAGCAGUGAGAGGAAACCGGAGGAACCGGUGAAAACCCACGAGGAUGGACAUGCGACCCUACUCCUUGUCACGUACAGCGAGGGGAAUGGAAACCACGUCAGUUGACUCAAUGACAGACCUUCUGAUACAGCGUGCCCGCGCUAACCAGUCGGCCAUCCAGCCCCCCCCCCCUAUUGUUGAUAGCUAUAGCCGGUCGUGAUGUGUACGGGUAUUGUAGUUUAUCGCCAUUAUUGCCAUGUCCUUGUCAUGUUCCCGAAGCAACGAUCGCGAGUUUUACAACAGCUAACCGUUGCUUCAGAACUGGGCAAUUCCCGAAAUUUUGCGCUCGUUGUGUUUACACGUGAUCAAUUAGCAUCGUCCAAUCAGGGGUCGUCGCACAUAACACACUGUAAACAAAUAUGGCGGCCUCCAUAGAAACUCUUUGUUGAUCAGGUAUGAUUUCCAGCAACCUUGACAUUGAUCGAACCUUGAACUUUGCAACUCGAUUGUCACAUGUAGACAUUUUAGGCGAGACUUAAUAAUCGUAACGAUAUUUUUAACGAAGGAAUCUGAUAGGAUCACAAGCUGGGCUUAUACCCAAUCAAAAAUAGUGCCAAAAUAUGCGGGGUAUUACGUGAAGGGCUUGAUAAGAUGUACGUAGUUAAGGCGAGAUUAAGCCUUCUAUUGAAGAUGUGUCCUUGUAUGCUGGAUCUUGCUAUAAAAUGAACAUCAUUCUCAUUGCGCACGCAUGGUAAGUGUAUUUUGUUUUUGCUUUCAAAACAGUUCAUCGGAAUUUUUCAGGCGUGUUUUCCCCUUGUCAGUGGUGCAGGGCGGACGGCCUGACAAGGACAGCUGUCUAGUCGUUGGGAUGGGACAUAAAAAACGAGAUCCCGUGUACACAUUGGCGUGUACGUAAAAGAUUCCUUGACAGUUGGAAUUCGAUAUAAGAGUAAGCCGUAGUGCCGCUGUCCUGGCAAAAUUUCCUUCAAAACACACUGUAUGGCGUAUGCUUGGCGUCUUCAUUUAGCCCAGUUCGGAGCAGAACAGUAGGACGUUAAACUCCAUUUCAUUUCCUGUGUCAAAAUUUAGCGCUGACAAAGGGUUGAUUUAAUCAAGUUGUGGACAGGUGUGUAUCUGUAUAACCACAGGCCCCGAGGUCACAAAGCUUUCUCAUACUUUCAAUCACUGUUUAUGAGAAAUAUCUUUGAUCCAGAAACACAAAAAUUAGUACAUGUUUUCUACUUGAUGUAUUUGAUACAUUAAAACAACAAAAGUUUUAUAAGGCGAACAAUUUUGAGUAAAUUCUUUAUUUAAACAUACAUUAUGCAAGAGCUAAAUCUGCCUACUGUCGGUCUUUCUUUAGGCCUGAAAUGUUAUCUAAGUCAUUAAUUAGACAUUAAUUAACACAACUAGACCAUAAUCAACUUUAGAGGGCAUCGGAUACUUUGAGAUUUUAACUAGAUUAGAACGGUUUGGCAUUUAAAAAGUUAAUUUAAAAAUGGGAAAGCGAGACCAAGUCUCGAAUAUAAAAGUGCCCUGGUUACCACUGCGAUAUCACCUUGGUGGAAGCUGACGUAAAAUACAACUACGUCACUCACCACUAUGCAUACAACUUUUCAAAGCUACAAACAGUUAUAAUUUGGCUCAAAAUGAAGUAAUUUGAAUGAAAUUUUCAAUAUUUUCUUUUUUUAUCAUCUAUUUUUGAAUUAUUACAGCAAGAAUGACCAACUCUUUAUUAAACUCUUAACUAAUGUAUCUUUAAAGCUGAGAAUGUUUUUGAACUCGGGGCUAGUUA